AUGGUUCUCAAGUUAUAUGGUCCAUAUUAUUCAACCUGUGUUCAACGUGUAGUCGCCACUCUCAAAGAAAAGAAUCUUGAUUUUGAGUUGAUCCCUCUCGAUUUGUUCAAGGGCGAACAUAAACAAGCUGCAUUCCUUGAAAAGCAACCUUUUGGAGUUGUACCAGUUCUUGAAGAUGACGGCUUCUUGGUUUAUGAAUCUCGUGCCAUUUGCAGAUAUUUGGAGGCCAAAUUUAAGGGCCACGGCACUGAAUUGAUUCCAUGUGGCACCUGCACCGAAGGUUUAAAGAAGCAAGCUCUCUUCGAACAAGGUGCUAGCAUUGAGACCUCCUAUUUUGAUCCCCAAGCAAGUGGAUUGACUUUUGAAUUGGUCUUUAAGAAUUUAUUCAAAUGGGGCGAAGUCGAUCAUGCACGUGUUCAACAACUCAAGGAAAAACUCGCCUCCGUGUUGGACGUCUAUGAAAAGAUUUUGGCUAAACAAGCUUACAUUGGAGGAAAUCAAUUCACUUUGGCCGAUUUGAAUCACUUGCCUUAUGGAAAUUUCUUGUUUCAUCCCAAUAUCAAUGUUGGACAUUUGAUUUUGGAACGUCCUCAUGUCAAAGCAUGGUGGGAAAAGAUUAGCAAGAGAGAAUCAUGGGUCCAAACGAUGAAAUUGGUUGGUAAUUAA